AUGGCUGACGAAGACGUACAAGCGUUGGUUGUAGACAAUGGAUCUGGUAUGUGUAAAGCCGGUUUUGCUGGUGAUGAUGCACCACGUGCAGUGUUUCCCUCCAUUGUUGGACGUCCAAAACAUUUGGGCAUUAUGGUUGGUAUGGAUCAAAAAGACGCCUAUGUGGGUGACGAAGCCCAGUCAAAACGUGGUGUUUUGACACUGAAAUACCCCAUUGAACACGGUAUUGUCACAAACUGGGACGAUAUGGAAAAGAUUUGGCAUCAUACGUUUUACAAUGAGCUUCGUGUGGCACCAGAAGAACAUCCUGUGCUACUUACUGAAGCCCCAUUGAACCCCAAAGCCAAUCGUGAACGUAUGACACAAAUUAUGUUUGAAACAUUUAAUGUGCCAGCAAUGUACGUAAACAUUCAAGCAGUGUUAUCACUGUAUGCAUCAGGUCGUACUACAGGGUGUGUGCUUGAUUCGGGUGAUGGUGUAUCCCACACGGUGCCAAUCUAUGAAGGAUAUGCAUUGCCCCAUGCAAUUGUCCGUUUGGAUUUAGCUGGACGUGAUUUGACGGAUUACAUGAUGAAGAUUUUGACGGAACGUGGUUAUUCGUUUACGACAACGGCAGAACGAGAAAUUGUGCGUGAUAUUAAAGAGAAACUCACGUACAUUGCCCUUGAUUUUGAUCAAGAAAUGAAGACUGCGGCAGAAUCGUCUGGACUUGAAAAGAGUUAUGAAUUACCUGAUGGUAAUGUGAUUGUCAUUGGAAAUGAACGAUUCCGUACACCUGAAGUCUUGUUCCAACCGUCACUCAUUGGUAAGGAAGCUUCGGGUAUUCAUGAUUGCACAUUCCAGACCAUUAUGAAGUGUGAUGUUGAUAUUCGUAAGGAUUUGUACUGCAACAUUGUCUUGUCGGGUGGUACAACCAUGUACCCAGGUGUUGGUGAACGUAUGACGAAGGAACUGACUGCUUUGGCUCCAUCUACCAUGAAGAUUAAGGUGGUUGCACCACCAGAGCGUAAAUACUCGGUGUGGAUUGGUGGAUCCAUUCUAUCGUCGCUGUCAACGUUCCAGCAGAUGUGGAUCUCGAAAGCCGAGUACGACGAGUCGGGUCCGUCUAUUGUGCACCGCAAGUGCUUUUAA